CGUCACGCGGCAGGCGGAGAAAUCGCGAGAGGACGCGGAUGCCGCACGGUGCUCUAAAUGCGGGCAUCAUAAUAAACACAGAUCGUCUGGCGAGCUGAUGCGUUUCAGGCUCCGGACUGAUUCCUGCUGCGCGGUGGAAAACGCGGCGGCGGCGGCAACGCGGCGGCGGCGGCGGCGGCAACGCGGCGGCGGCGGCGCGGUCUGCGGGCGGAUGCUGUGAUGCGGACUCCCAGCAUCCUCCGCCCCGGCCGGGAGUGACCGUGGAGGAGCCGCGGCCGACAGGGAGGGGUCCUUUCAUUCCGGGGCUUUUUCCUGCCGGAUGGAGCCCGGCUAUGCGCAGGCAGCGAUGGCUGUGGGAGAUGUGUCCCAGAGAGUGUGGGCUCGCAACGUAGCGGUGGAGAGGAAAAACCUCCUGACUGUCUGCAGGUUUUCCGUUAAGACCCUGUUAGAGAAAUACACAGCCGAGCCCAUCGACGACUCAUCUGAAGAGUUCAUCAAUUUUGCAGCAGUCCUCGAACACAUCGUUAGUCAUCGUUUUAAAGGCUCUAGUAGCUGGUUUGACGGCCAGAGGAGUUACUGGGACUAUAUCCGCUUGGCAUGCGCUAAAGUCCCUAACAGCUGCAUCAGCAGCAUUGAGAGCAUGGAAAACAUCAACACAUCUCGAGCAAAGGGUCGAGCCUGGAUGAGAGUUGCCCUCAUGGAGAAGAGGCUGUCUGAGUACAUCGCCACUGCACUGCGGGACAGCAGGACAACCAGGAGGUUCUAUUCAGAAGGAGCCAUAAUGCUGAGAGAAGAGUCCACAGUGCUAACUGGGAUGCUCAUAGGUCUAGGAGCCAUAGAUUUUAGUUUCUGCCUCAAAGGAGAGGCCCUGGAUGGGAAAUCUCCAGCCGUGAUUGAUUACACUCCAUACUUGAAAUUUACACAAAGCUAUGAAUACUUGAGUGAUGAUGAUGAUGAUCGACGGAGUGUGGACAGCAGCACCAGCGACGACAGCGUCCCCGAACACCCGUACGUCCCCCUGGUCACCGACGAGGAGAGCUGGAGCACCAAGUGCCGCAAAAUGGAGCAGCGGUUUAAGAUCGUCAACGCCCAGAAGGGGUACCUGGAGGAGCUUGUGCGCUUGCGUGAGUCUCAGCUGAAGAACGUGGAGACAGAAAACAAGAAGCUGAAGGCCCAGCUGGAGGAGGCACAGAACCAGAGCCAACAGGAAAAGAAAGAGCUGGAGGCGGUUAUCCUGGAGCUCCAGGAGCAACUGACAAGCUUGAUUCCUUGUGAUUCUAACCACCUGGCCAAAAACCUGCCGAUCCCCCUCAUCAACCAGUGGCCGACCCUCGAGCCGUACAACAUCCAGGAAGACAUGAAACUGUUCCGCAGGAGGAGUUUCCCCAGCACAGAGCUGCUGUCAGUGGAGGUCAGCCUGGAGUCGGACUCCCAAAGGACCCGGGGCAAACAGAACGGAGGAGCCUGGUGCUCAGAGAAGGACUACACCCCCUCCAUGAUGGGCCUGUGUGGGUCUCUGGCUUCUUUCCCGAGCACCAAAUCUCUGGCUAGUCUCAAAUCAAGCGAGUGCCUGGUCAACAUCAGCACAGAGAACAGCCCCGCUCUCUCCCCCAGCUAGGGGACGCCAAAGACACACGGGGAAAAGCAGACGACUCGACUUCAAAAACAAAGCGCCUGCUCCUGACUGACGUGUGCGCUCAUCAGACCCUUUACCUUCACUCUCUGAGCCUGUACCCUCUCUCAAAUCAAGCUUGUGUGAAGGAGGAACCCCCCGCCUGUCCUGCACUUUCCAGGAAUUGCUGCUGUACUGCCUCCGUCCUCAGCUCCCACCGUACUGCAGAGCCGCUUCCAGCUUCACGUCUCUUGCGUCGCGACGCCACACUCUGCGCAGAUAAAGUCCCGUAUCAUCAUCAGUCAUCGCCGUAUGUUCCUGUCCGUUGAGUCCACCGAGUCUGUGUCUUUAUCAGCCCGUCUGCGUAUUCUCUCUGUCGCCUAACACGGGCGGAUUGGCUCAGCUGUUGUAACUUUUUUAGGAUAUAUAAGCAGCCUUUUACCAUAGCAAAAUUCACUAUUAUAAGAGAUUGGAGCGAGGUUUGAGACAAGUGGUCUGUGGCGGAAGAUAUAACAGAGAAAGUCUGUCAUCUUCCUGUAGGAGAAUAGUAAGCAAACUGUUGUAAACGACGGCAAAGUGUUUUGGGACUAUGCAGGAUUAAUGUUAAUGUGUUUUUCUACCCGCUCCAUGAAAUGAUUCGAGUAGAUGAAAAGUAGUGAAUGUGCCAUGUCUGUGUGUUUUUCUUUGCUUUCCCCAUAUAGUCGUCUUUGUUUUAAUUUUCUGACUAGUUUCAUGGUGAGUGGCGGCCUCCAUGCUUAUUGACAAGCCCUGGUAAAGAUGUGUAAAAAAACUAACAAACAAAAAAAAGGUGUAUAAAUGCGUCUUUCACUGCAGCAGCAUAGUCCAUCCAUCCAUGGUCUCUAUCCUGGACAACCAUCCACACACACUCGUAUAUAAGGGCAGUUUAGAGAGACCAAUUGUAGCAUAACCGCACAGUAAAAAUUAGAGAACAAUCUAACUUUUAAUCUGAGAACAUUGAUUUAAUAAGGAAUUCACUAAGUUUCACCUCUGCCUCUGAUAAUCAGUUUGAACCACUUUUUAGCUCAAGCACUUUCACCGUUUCACAAGGUUGGAGAAUACGUUGAGAGAGAUCCUUGACUUCUUUGCACUCCUCCAGAGUCCCGGGUCAUCUCUUCUGCUCUCUUCUCAUCAGCUCUCAUCAUAGUUUUUCUACAGGAUUUAGGUCUGGGGGGGGCAGAGAAGAAGGUUCAUUUUUGCUGAACCUUUUCUGUGUUCAAUUGGCCGUGUGUUUUUGACCAAUAUCCAGCUAAAAUAUCCAAUUAUGACCCAUUUUAGUGUGCUGGUGGUAUUUCAAAGAGUUCCUCUUAAUAAGAUCUCCAGGACCUUGGGGAGAGAAACAGGCCCAGAGCAUCACAGAUCCGUCGUCAUGCCUAAAAGUGAAAGAUCCUUUCCAUCGUAAAGCAUAGAGGAGGAUCAAUGAUGCUGCAUAUUUAUCUUUUCUUUUUUUCUUAUAAGAUCAAGCCUACCUGGAUUGUUGUUCGCUAAAAAGUACAAUCUUUGACUCAUCCGAUCAAACUGCACCUUUCCAAGUUGCUUUUAACAAACUCCACGUGUUCAUAUUAGUAAUAAUUGGACAUAAAAUGAUUUUUCCAGCCCGGAUUUCUUUACAAACCAUUUGGCAUUUAAAAAGUGCCAAAGAGACUUAAUGAACCCAAGGUGGCCCUUUCAGGUGCCGUUCUUUAGCAGCCACUUUUUUAUCACAAUUUCACGUCUUUUAAUUAUGUAGUGGCUAAAAGAAACUGGCAUCUGUUGCAUGUUAUAUUUGUACCCCUGGGGGGUAAAAAAGAAAAACAGAAAAUUGGCCUGUUAUUGGGAACUUUUCUAGAGACUCUAAUCAAUUUCAAAAGUAAAUUAUAUUAGCAAAACCAAAAUUUUGAAACCACUAAUGUGCUACUUGUCUUCAUUAAAUACUGUAAUGUCCUGUUUUUCUUCCUUUCAAAUAAUUGCACUCAAAUUAAAGGUUAUUUUUCUAAUAUUUCCAGUGUGAGAUUAUGCUGCUGCAAUAAAAGCUGAAUUUAUUUUUAACUUUUUACACAUCUUUAACAUUACUUUCAGUAAAAAUGGAGGAUUCUGUUUUUUUUUUUAUCAACAUAUUUCAAUCUAAUGCAGUGGGAUUGAAAGCUGGAAAUCAUUGCAUUACUCAAAACUGCAAUAAAACUGCCUUUUUUUUUUUGGAAACAG